CACGGGUGUAUGAGUGAAACCUAACCACCGGAAGAUCUAGUAGGAACAGCCAUACUGUGCAAGAAGUGCUUACUUCGUGCGCGUCUAUUGUCGUAAUGGGAAGCUUUCAAUCACUCCCGGAUGACCAUCACUAUCGAACUCUGUCCAAAAAGACAGGCUUUUCACUGGAGCAGAUCGGAAUCCUCCACAAUCGUUUCAAACAGCUCAGUCUAAACGAGGAAAUACUACGGAGAGAUGACUUUAAUAAAGUACAAGACCUGAAAGACAACCCAAUUCGUUCCCAGAUUGUAGAGGCCUUCUUCGAUAGAAGAAACUUCCAUAAGGAUGGGGUCGGAUCAAUGGAGGAAAUUGGCUUUGAAGAAUUCCUGACUGUCAUGUCGUACUUCAGAGCACCAGCCCUUCACACUACAGAAGAGCAGAGAGAAGUUAUAAGGAGGGCAAAAUUACGCUUCCUGUUUAAUAUGCAUGACACAGACAAUGAUGGAACCAUAACACUGGAAGAAUACAGACAUGUAGUAGAAGAAUUACUUUCUCGUAGUGGAUCACUUGGAAAAGAGACAGCCAAGGGCAUAGCAGAUACUGCAAUGCUGGAGGUUGCCAGCAUCUCAGUAGGUCAAAUGGCACCUGAUGAGUUUUAUGAAGGAAUCACCUUUGAGCAGUUUUUGAAGAUUCUUAAAGGACUUGAAAUUGAGACAAGAAUGAACAUUCACUUCUUAAACAUGGACACAACCGUGCUGUGCAAAUAAUGACCUGAUGCUGCAGGCCCAGUUUCUGGUAACUGGAUCUAUCUUUGCACUUUUAUUAGAAGAGAGCAGUUGUUUGUGUAGAUCUUUAUUUAUUAUAAGAGAACGGAGAAUGUGCAUUUUAAAGACAAUCUGCAAUAACAAAAAUGAUCUUGACAUUAGAAACUUACUUGGCUUUUGAUGUUUUGUUACAGUUAGUACAGUAAGUUAUAAACCUAGAGUUUCAUUUAUUUUACUUAAUUGUUCUUAAAAUGUGAAACAGGCUACAGACUGUUUGUAGGCCUUUAAUUCUAUUUAUUCUUACUGCAUGUUGAAAGUUUAUAAAUGUGCAAAUUCUGUAUAUUUUCACACAUUUAUUUUUCCUUAUGUUAAAAUUUUGUACUUUAUACAAAUAGUACUUCAGGUGUUCAUAUAUGCCAUGUUUGGUUCGAUUGAAAUGAACUCUUUUGCGAUUGCUCUUUAAGUGCGGUUUAUUUGUGUAAGUGUGAACGCUGCCAUCCAAACCCUGGUGUGCACGAAACAAGCAGACCGAGACUGCUGAAAAGAUGGGUCUCUGCCACUUUAAAAUGAUCUCUGGCAUGUUUCGAUUGAAAUAUGAACGCACCACGGACUAAAGUCAUCAAAACGAACCAAAAACAGGAAGUGAUAACAAUUGAACGACCUGGAAAUCAAAUGUUUUGGUAAUACAAAAGGAGUGAUUAUUAGAUAUGUGCGUGCGCAUGUAACUGAGGAAUUCCUGGCACUGCUUUGACUGCUUUAAACACUUCAUGAGGUCUUCACGAGCUACCGGCUAGCUAAAAAUACAAGUAUAACUCAUGCAGCAAUGUGCACACAGCAUUGUUUUGGAUGUCCGGUAAGUUCCGUUUUAACAUAUAAAUUAUAAAAGCUGCCCAAUUAUGUUGCGACUUUUCACGUAAGCUGUUAGGUUUGAUAGAUUUAGGUUCGCUUUUAAAAUUCCAGUCUGAACGCUUAGCGAAACAGAGACUCCGGACCUAAAGAACCAAAAGAACCGAACUAGAAAUAUGAACGCACCCUUAAUUUAAAAACCGCAGUUACUCCCAUAAAUCAGCAGGUGCCACUAAUGCCAUUAUUUUGGUUGGGUAUAGCACUACUCAGGUACGAAAAGGUACUUACAUAACCGUGAAGCAUGUAAAAUUAGCAUGUAAGCUUAAAAAAACAUUGCAUUUCAAAACAUACAAAAUAUGACAAAAUAUAAUACAUAUAUGUUGUGUAAUGCAUAAUAUAGUAGUAGGCUUGGAUAAGACAAUGACAGCAAUAUCCGUAAUUGCUAGUGUAUACCAAAGAUCUUUAAACAACAACAAAAAUAACAAAAGCAAUAAUUAAGUUAUGAGUUAUGCUUUGAUUGUACUGAGAGAUUGUAGAGCACAGUCAAAUUCAUGUUAAAGUGUAGAAAUAUGGUUUGCAUAGUGCAGUGGUUCUCGAACAUUUCAGAUCAAGUACCACCUUUAAUAAAAUGAGUUGUUCCAAGUACAACCUAAUGACCGCCAUAGAAAAUCACACGGAUAAACACUCAAAUUUAUAGUAGAGCUGUGAAUCUUUAUCUUUACACCUGGUCCUCCAAUUCUAAAUGUAUUAUUAAUAAUACAAACACUUUUCUGUGAAUUUGUAAACCGGGCUCUGUAAAUUACAUAUAUGGUGGAUUUAUUAAUUUUGUGGGGACUGGCAGAAAUACUACAAACCUAUAUUAAAGACAAACAGCGUGGAAAGAAUAUUUAACACAGAAGAUAAAUAAGUUUACUGACUUAACACUUGACUGCAGCGGCUCUUGUCAAAGGGCGCAUCGCGCUUUCAUUGAUUUAAUUGAUUUUGAGUAGAUGCAGACGCGUAUUGAAUUAGCGCUUUACAGCCAUGACAACAAUUUUACACAGUGGUUCAAUUACAGAAACACAUUAGAAGCUUAAGUUACACGUAGCUCAUAGGAAGGAGUUACGUCAUCGACCAAUGAUCAAAAUUGCACAUCGGCUGAGAUGUAUUCCCUAUUUAUCUAUCAUGUUUAACGUUUGAAAUUGUAUUUAAAAUACGUAAAUUCAAACAUAUUGUUUAUCAUUUCCUGUGUGUCAGGAACCACCAGUGGUCUCUUAAAGUACCAAUAGUGGUAGGCCUAGGUGUACCACAGUUUGAGAACCACUGGCAUAGUGAAAUGAGAGCACUUUUCAUUGCAAAAAUGAACCUUGCAUUUCCUCUGUCACAAAAUUAUGAAAUUGGUGUUUUUUCUUGUAAUGGCAGUAAAUGUUUUACAUGCAAACUGCAUCUACCACAAUAAAUCAUGCAUCUUGCAAUACUGAAA